AUGGAGGAGGCGCGGGCGCGGGAGCUGCUGGCCUUCCUCCGGCCCGAGGCCCGCGGGGACCUGAAGGGCGGCGCCGUCCGCUUCGUGCUGGGGCUGACCGGGGGCGCCGAGGGCCGCCGGCUGCUGCUCGACCGGCCGGACUUCCUGGAGGCGCUGCUGGCGCUGAGCGGCGACCCGAGCCUCGCCGUGGCCGAGCCCGCCUUGCACGCGCUGGUCAACCUGGCGGCGGAGCCGGGNCUGGCCCAGCCGGCCUGCGCGCUGCUGGCCAACUGGUCCCGCGAGGAGGGCCCCUGCCGGGCGCUCUGGGCCGAGCUGCGGAGGGGCGGCGCGGGGCUGCUGCCGCCGCUGCUGGAGGCCUUCUGCGGGCCGGACCCGCGUCCCGGGGCGCCCUGGCACCACCUGGGCGCGCUGCUGGCCAACCUGAGCCAGCUCCCGGAGGCCCGCGACGCCCUGCUCGACCGCGCCGGGCGCCUGGUGCAGAGGCUGCUGCCCUUCACGCAGGACGCGGGCUCGGCGGUCCGACGGCGCGGCGUGGCGGGGACGCUGCGGAACUGCUGCUUCGACUCCCGGCACCACGAGUGGCUGCUGAGCGAGCAAGUGGACCUGCUGCCCUUCCUUCUCCUGCCCCUGGCGGGCCCCGAGGAGCUGCCGGAGGACGAGAUGGAAAGGCUGCCCCUGGAUCUGCAGUACUUGCCAGCCGACAAGCAGCGGGAGCCGGAAGCUGACAUCCGCAAGAUGCUCCUGGAGACCCUCCUGCUGCUCACGGCCACCAAACCGGGGCGGAUCCUGGUGCGAGACAAAGGCACCUACUUUGUCCUGCGAGAGUUACACAAGUGGGAAGAGGACCGCGGAGUCCGCGCUGCCUGUGAAAAGCUGAUCCAGGUCCUGAUUGGUGACGAGCCCGAGGCUGGGAUGGAAAACCUGCUGGAGGUGAAGAUCCCCCCAGAGGUGGAGCAGCAGCUGCAGCGCCUGGACCAGGAGGAGGAAGAGGAAAGAGUGCACAGUGGGUGA